CCAUGUCUGCGCAUCUGCAAUGGAUGGUCGUGCGGAACUGCUCCAGUUUCCUGAUCAAGAGGAAUAAGCAGACCUACAGCACUGAGCCCAAUAACUUGAAGGCCCGCAAUUCCUUCCGCUACAACGGACUGAUUCACCGCAAGACUGUGGGCGUGGAGCCGGCAGCCGACGGCAAAGGUGUCGUGGUGGUCAUUAAGCGGAGAUCCGGCCAGCGGAAGCCUGCCACCUCCUAUGUGCGGACCACCAUCAACAAGAAUGCUCGCGCCACACUCAGCAGCAUCAGACACAUGAUCCGCAAGAACAAGUACCGCCCCGACCUGCGCAUGGACAUGCUGGCAUCUACUGGGUCAGGGCUCUGCUGCUCUGUGGCUGUGCAACCUUGGGCAAGUUCCUCAACCUCUCUGUGUCUUCGUACCCUCAUCUGUAACAUGCGUGUCAAUAGACCCUACUACUCAGGGUUGAUGAGAAGAUUAAAUGUGCAAAACCUGCUUGACUGUGCCCACAAAUCCUGAUUGUAGGAAUAAAUUAAUGACUUUUUAUAAAUAUUUUGAUCAGAUGGACUCAGAUGAUCACAGAUGUCUUCACAUGCCUAUGACUAAUUUGUACACAAACUAAUGCUCAUGUUUCCCAAGCACCUGGAAGACAUGCCAGAUCCAUGUGCAGUAAUGCCUGGUGGCUCCAGGUCUGCCCCGCCGUCCUGUGGGGCUGUGAGCUUUCCCAGCCUCCUGCCCGUGUUUGUGAAUAUCAUUCUGUCCUCAGCUGCAUUUCCAGCCCAGGCUGUUUGGCGCUGCCCAGGAAUGGUAUCGAUUCCCCUGUUUCUCUUGUAGCCAGUUACUGGAAUAAAAUCGUCUACUCUAAAA